CUUUAAAUCUCAGUCUUUUUUACUCAUCCCUCAAGUCCAUUUUGUCACACAGUCAUGCUGGAAACGAUCGCGAGUGUCGACACUCGGCAUGAAGACAUGAUUCACGACGCGCAGCUCGACUUCUUUGGCAAGCGACUCGCCACCGCCUCGUCCGAUCGCACCAUCCGCAUCUUUGAUGUCGUUGGAGACAAGCACACAUUCGUGACCGAGCUCAAAGGGCACGAAGGGCCAGUCUGGCAAGUGGCGUGGGCCCACCCAAAGUACGGCAACAUUCUCGCGUCGUGCUCGUACGAUCGCAAAGUCAUCAUUUGGCGCGAGUCUGCCGGCCAAUGGGUCAAGGCAUACGAAUACGCUGGACACACAUCAUCCGUCAAUUCGAUUUGCUGGGCUCCACCAGAAUACGCGUCGCUGCUUGGUGACGAUGUCGGUCUUGUUCUUGCAUGUGCUUCUUCGGAUGGCUUUGUCUCAAUUUUGACCAACAACGAGAGCGGAUGGGAGCCGGAAAAGUUCCAUGCACAUGACAUUGGCUGCAACGCCGUCAGCUGGGCACCCGCCUUCAACGCGUUUGCCGGUAGCGAUAGCAACGGCGCUGCUGCUGCGGCUGCUCCUGCCAAGCGCCGUCUGGUGACUGGUGGCUGCGACUCGAACGUGAAGAUUUGGCAAUUGCGCGACGGCAAGUGGAUCCUGGAGGGCAACCUGCCGCAAGCGCACACAGACUGGGUUCGCGAUGUCUGCUGGGCCCCCAACAUCGGUCUGCCCGUCAACGUGGUUGCAAGCUGCGGACAGGACAAGCGCGUGGUCAUCUGCACGGAGAGUCGCGAAGGUGAAUGGAAGUCAAAGGAGCUGCCCGUUUUUCCCGAUGUUGUCUGGCGGGUGAGCUGGUCUGUCACUGGCGAUAUUCUUGCUGUCAGCGGAGGCGAUGGCAAGGCGUCUCUCUGGAAGGAGGAUUUGGAUGGCAACUGGGCCUGCAUCAGCGAGAUGGACGAUGCGGCCUCGAAUGCUUCGGCUGCCGACGCUCAUUAAGUUUGGGUUUUUGCUUUUUUCUCUUUUGAUUCUUUGUAUUGGUUCCUUUUCUCGCCUUUCGCUGUUCCCCUGGCCGGGGUCUCGAAUGUUAUCGUUGCCAGAUGCGUUUCUCGUAUAUUUUGUUGUUGUUGCCACUGCGUAUAUCAAGCGUUUUCUUUUGAAGAAAAAAACAAACAAAAAACAGACAGACAGACAGA